AUCUGAAGCCCUGGGUGUCGAAUUUCACCUAUCCAGGUGUGCUUGACUUUUCCCAGCUUGCACUGGAUGCCAACAGGAACCAGCUCAUUGUGGGAGCAAGGAACUACCUCUUCAGACUUAGUCUACACAACGUUUCUCUUAUUCAGGCAACAGCAUGGGGUUCAGAUGAAGACACCAGGAGGUCCUGUCAAAGUAAAGGGAAAACAGAGGAAGAGUGCCAGAACUAUGUCCGAGUGCUGACUGUUUAUGGCAAGAAGGUUUUUACCUGUGGCACCAAUGCCUUUUCACCGGUGUGUUCCAGUCGACAGGUAGGAAAUCUUAGCAAGAUCAUUGACAGAAUUAAUGGAGUGGCUCGGUGCCCGUACGACCCUCGGCAUAACUCAACAGCUGUGAUUACAUCACGAGGAGAACUCUAUGCUGCAACUGUCAUUGAUUUCUCUGGACGGGAUCCUGCUAUUUACCGCAGCCUUGGAAAUGUUCCCCCACUCAGGACAGCACAAUACAACUCCAAAUGGCUCAACGAGCCUAACUUUAUUGCUGCCUACGACAUUGGUUUGUUCACCUACUUCUUCUUCCGCGAGAACGCGGUAGAGCACGACUGCGGGAAAACCGUGUACUCGCGGGUGGCCAGGGUGUGCAAGAAUGACAUCGGGGGGCGGUUCUUGCUGGAGGACACAUGGACAACUUUCAUGAAGGCCAGGCUGAACUGCUCCCGUGCUGGAGAAAUCCCUUUCUAUUAUAAUGAAUUGCAAAGCACCUUCUACCUUCCUGAGCAAGAUCUGAUCUAUGGUGUCUUCACUACUAAUGUAAACAGCAUAGCUGCCUCAGCAGUGUGUGCCUUCAAUCUGAGUGCCAUUACUCAGGCAUUUAAUGGUCCUUUCCGCUACCAAGAAAACCCAAGAUCAGCGUGGCUGCCAACAUUAAACCCCAUCCCUAAUUUCCAGUGUGGGACGCUGAGCGAUGACAGCCCUAACGAGAACCUGACGGAGAGAGUCCUGCAGGAUGCACAGCGCUUGUUCCUCAUGAACGACGUCGUGCAGCCGGUGACCGUGGAUCCCUACGUGACUCAGGACAGCAUUCGAUUUUCCAGACUGGUGGUUGAUAUUGUUCAGGGGAAGGAUACUCUCUACCAUGUGAUGUAUAUUGGAACAGAGUAUGGCACCAUCUUGAAGGCCCUUUCUACCACUAACAGGAGCCUGAGGAGUUGUUAUUUAGAGGAAAUGCAGAUCCUCCCUGACGGACAACGGGAAGCAAUCAAGAGUCUCCAAAUUCUGCACAGCGACAGAUCGCUCUUUGUGGGCUUAAAUAAUGGAGUGCUAAAAAUUCCUCUGGAGAGGUGCUCCAUGUACAGAACAGAAGGGGAAUGCCUGGGAGCCAGAGACCCCUAUUGUGGCUGGGACAGCAAGCAGAAGCGAUGCACCACCAUCGAGGACAGCUCCAACAUGAGCCUCUGGACUCAAAACAUUACUGAGUGCCCAGUGAAAAACCUGACAAUAAAUGGAAGAUUGGGGCCUUGGUCCCCAUGGCAACUGUGUGAGCAUUCGGAUGGGGACAGCACAGGCUCCUGUAUGUGUAGGUCACGUUCAUGUGACAGCCCACGUCCUCGCUGCGGAGGUCGUGGAUGUGAAGGAGCCAGGAUCGAAGUUGCAAAUUGCUCAAG